AUGUUGAACCUGCUGCUCCUCGCGGCCAUGACGGCGACGUUGCUGGCAUUGCCUGCUACGGGCAACUUUGUCCUCCCCGUAGACAAUCUUGAGGCGAUCAAAUUGCCCUUCUAUUACUACGAUAUCCAUUCGCAGAAAAUGAGAUUCGGCCUCCCGUUCCCGAAUAACCCGUGGGGUGCGAACGGAACGGAGAUCCUGCAACUCGAUCUCAAAGUCGGGAACUGUCCAAGAUGCUUCGACGUAGCCUGGGUGGGAACAACGCCGGUGCCUUACCCCAAGCACUUCUACCAUCCCUACACACUGGACUCCUCGGGGGCCAUGCACGUUGCCGGGAUCUCCAUCGGCGACUUCCCCAGAGGAACCACGGCGGAUGACGAGACAGGUGACCUCCCCUUCGCCAUCACUUCCGUGGACCACCAGCCGUUGGAUAAGCCGCUGGCAUUCAGCGUCACCUGGAACUUCCAGAAGCCGAAGCAGAGACUGGGACGACUGGUGUACCAGCCAGAACCUCAAGUCAUCGAGUUCGCCGAGUUUGACAACGUUUUGGACUAUCUGCCACCGCCGCCGCUCGAGCCGAAUCGAACUUGUCCGCCACUCAGAGAAAUGAAGCUGCUCGAGUACGAAGAGAAGACCCAGAAGGCCGUUUUCACCCUCAUCUGCGAAGACUGCUUCCGCUCCGCGUUCAAUGCUCCAGACUCACUCAUCUUCUCAGUGCAACCACAGCCUCAACCCAAGGUCGGCGCGUUCAGCUUUCUACUCAAUAACGUGUCGGAGACGAUCAAAGUCCAAGGUAGCAACCAUCGCGCCUACGCACCCGAUGCUUUGGGCGUGGUCCAUACCCUCGACCUCUCGCUGAGCUACGAGCGCUUUGUGGUCGCGGAAGACUAUAGCGAGCUCGGGUCCAUCAACGGCGCGGACCUCUUCAUCCUGGACUUCUGGAUCCUCGCGAUCGACGGCAAACGCCCAUCAUCAGAGCGCGUCACCUUCCAAGCCAAAUGGGACCUGCUCGGUCAGAUCGACAGGCGCAUACCGCGAUGGGAGAGCUUGCAGUUGAAGGUCGAGACGACUGCGAUACGGUUUCCGUUCCCCAAGAAUCGAAAGGGGCUCGGCGCACCGCCGGGUCGCGCGGCCUCUCGAGUCUCGCUGAUGUCGCCUCCGCAGACGACGACGCAAGGCUCGACCAGCCUGCCCUUCAGCGCCUUGUUGAUCCUGGUGGGAUUUGUGGCUGGUCUAGCGAUCCCUCGUCGCCCUGGACGUCGCCGGUAG